ACUGUCUUAUCAAAUGCCUCUUUCAAGGCAGACAACCGGCUUUAAGCUCCUAUAAAAUGUUUCAUGCAGAACCUAAAAGCAUCAGUUGCCUUUGUGAGCUACGCUAAAUCAAAACCAAUCUAAAAUGUUCAAGUUUGCUGCUAUUGCUUCCAUCUUGCUGAUUGCCUCUGCCAAUGCUGGGCUAAUUGAGACCCACCAUGUGGUCCAUGAACCUGUCCUAGCUAAAGUUGGAACUGUUGUUCACAGUGCACCAUCUGCCGUCUCCCAUCAGAGCAUAACCCAAGUACACAGCAAAGCUGUGGUGCAGCCUGUGUUGGCACCCGUACUGAAGACCGUCGCUGUCCAUUCCACUCCUGUUGUUGCUGUCCAUGCUGCUCCAGUCGUUCAUUCGGUUCCUGUUCCCGUUGUCCAUUCUGCUCCUGUGGUGCACUCAGUACCCGUUGUCCACUCUGCACCUUUAAUUAAAUCUGUGGUCCACCAUGCUCCUUUGGCUUACACUCUGCAUCAUUAA